AUGCCGAUUGCUCGGGUCUGUGCCCCAAAAAUUCUGGCCAAGUCGCCAAAAGGAGGUUUUGUUGCAGUUUCAGCAGGGAUUACCGGUCACAGAUUCGGUUUCUUGUGGAAGGGGUUUGUGAGGGAGAAGAAGGAGAAGCAGAAACAGAAACAGAAACAGAAACAGAAACAGCACCAGAAGCAGAAGCAGCUCUGGAAGAAACAGGCCAUGGCUGCCUACCUUGCUUCUUUGGUCUCAGAUCCUUUUGUAUCUGAAACUGCCCCUUUGCCUCAGCCCAUCGUCAUCCCCUUCUAUGGCAAAGCUGGGGACAAAGACCAUCAAAACAACAACGAUGGCAAGCUGGAUAAAGAUAAGAUUGAUGCUGAAAAGGUUGUGGUGAAAGAUAAUCAGCUCUUAAAUGAAUUGAGCUUAUCCUACUCGUUUUACCCAAUUUUGAAGUUCCCAAUUGAGUUUUUGGUGAGAAAUCUCAAGUAUCCAACUUUUCAUCACCAAAUUAAUAACGAUGAGAAGAAUGCUGAUGAUGGUAAAAUGAAUGAAGCAAUUGGAAAAAAUCAAACUGAUAAAAACAGUCAAACUGAGGAAAACGAUGGGAUUGAUGAGACAAAAUUGAAAUUUACAAAAGACAUUUAUAAAUACCAAUCAUAUUAUUUUAUUUUCAAAUCACUUUCCAAAAAAUUCAACUAUUUAAUUCAUCUAAUUAAUUCCAAUAAUAUCAUUGACAACAAUAAUAGCGAUCAUGAACCAAUUAUAAUAAUUCUAGAUUGUUCUUUAGACUGGACAAGCAAUACUUUAAUUCAAGAAAAAACUAAUGAUGCUGGCAAUCUAUUAGUAGUAAAUGAGUUUGAUAACUUAUUUGAAUUAAUUUUAGUAUUAAAGAAUUUAUUACAUGAUAAUGAAAACUAUAAUGACGAUGGCAAUAAGAAUAGUAUUAAUGAAAAUAAUAGCAAAAUAAAAUUAAUUAUACUUGAUAACAUUUCAGUAUUUUAUUGGAAAGAAUUACUUCGAAUUCAUAAAAUUAACAAUUUACUAAUCAAAUAUGAUAAGUAUUUGAAUGACAUUGACAUUGAUAGUGAUAAUGAUAAUUAUAAUGAUGAUGAUGAUGAUGAUGAUGAUGAUGAUAGUGAUAGUGAUAGUGAUAGAGAAAAUAAGAAUAAGAAUAAGAAUAAGAAUAAAAAUGUAAAUGUAAAUGAAAAUGAAAAUAAUUCUAUAGUUCAAAAUGAUAGCACUGAUAUCUCUAUAAAGAAUGACUUAAAUUUAAAAGAACUUGUUGAAGACAAUUAUCUAUCUGAAGAAGAAUAUUUAAUUGAAACUUUCAUUAAAAUCAGAGACGCCUCUGGAAAAAAGAAAAGCUCAAAAGAUGAUCAAAAAACAGUCAAAACGAAUGAAGAUGAGUCAGAAAAUGAAAAUAAUACAUCUUUUUUUUGUUAUAACAGUUUUAAAGAUGAUUUUAUAAUUGAUGAUGAAAUUAACAAUUUUUUACAGGAUUUAAAUUCAAAAUAUGCUAGUGACGAGGAAGAAGAAGAUGCGAGUACUACUGCCAGCGAUAUACUGUCAACAAAUAGCUCAAUUAAUAGAGAUAACAACAAUAUCCCUGACUAUACUUUAACUGAAAACGCAGUCACUAAUACCAAAAAGGCUCAAAUUGAUAAAAAAGCUUGCCAAUCAAGAAUAAGAAAAGAGACUAAAGAAAUCAUUGAUGAAUAUAACCGAUACAAUCAACAAUACAAUGGAGAUUAUGAUUCUGAUAAUUCUGACGAUGAUGAAAUUCAAGAUGAUCAAGAAAGCAAUGACUCUCAAAACAGCCAAAAAAUUCAAUAUAGUCAAAAUGAAUAUUUUUUAAACGCAACUGAUGGCGCUAAAAGUGAUUUUAAUGCCAUGAUUAACGAUAACAAUAUUCAGCAAUUACAGUUUUUUGAAGACGACCCUUCCGAGCUUUUUGCCUCAAAUCCUUCACUAGACGCUCGGUUUUUCUCCCGAUUUAUUGUAUUAUCAACUCUUUUAAAAGACAUACAGUUGAAGUAUGGGUGUGCUGUUGUAACAACAGCAUUGAAAUACUCGUCGCCAUCCAGUUUUCUAAUCCAGGAUUUUAUCAGUCUGCAUGAGUUUACCAAAGUGUUUGAUGUCGCAUAA